AUGUCGAAUCCGCAACUGGUUCCAUCAUCAGCAUCGGCGCAAUCCGACCUGGACAGCGAAACUGUUGACGAGGAGAUAGUCAUCCAACGGAAGAACACACUUCUCAUGAUUCCAGAUAUUUUCACACAGCUCCCGCCCGUCAGGGACUCCCUGGCUACCCAGACAUCGCAGCUCCAGGACGACACCGUCGGCAAAUGCCUGCCCCUCUUGAGUGGGGAGGAUGAGCUUGCCGAGUACAACGAACACGGACUUCCGCGGCUCGACAGGGCACGCCAUGUCAAGUUCCUGCACAAAAAUCUGGCAAAGUUGCCUGGCCGCUUUGUGGCCGCCGACUCGAGCAGGCCAUGGUUCCUCUACUGGUGUCUUGCCGCACUGACUAUGUUGGGUGAGGAUGUGUCGUCCUACCAGGAGGCGGUCAUCGAAACUGCGCGCUCUAUGCAGAACGACACCGGAGGUUUCGGCGGGGGCAACGGUCAGCUCUCGCACAUGGCUACCACAUAUGCCGUUGUGUUGGCGCUGGCCUUGGUAGGCGGGGAGAAAGCCUUUGAGGUGAUCGACCGUCGGGCAAUGUGGAGGUGGCUAUCCAGUUUGAAGCAGCCGGACGGCGGAUUCCAAGUUUGCCUGGGCGGCGAGGAAGACAUUAGGGGUGCAUAUUGCGCAUCUGUGAUUAUCAGUCUGCUACAGCUCCCGCUGAAUUUAGCUCCCGAGUCCCCAGCAUGGACCGAGGACGGCAGUUCAGACCUCCUCACGGGAGUGGCAGAGUAUGUUCGACGAUGCCAAACUUUUGAGGGCGGAAUCUCCGGCCAGCCAAACGCCGAGGCCCAUGGGGCGUACGCAUUCUGCGCUCUUGGCUGCCUGGCCCUGCUGGACCAUCCUGGCCGCAUAUUCCAGAGAUAUCUGGACAUCCCACGACUCGUAGCCUGGCUGUCGUCACGGCAAUACGCACCGGAAGGCGGAUUCUCCGGACGCACCAACAAGCUGGUUGACGGUUGCUACAGCCACUGGGUUGGCGGAUGCUUUCCCCUGAUCCAAGCAUGCCUUAACAACAUCGCCAGUGGCAACGACGGGACCGAGGCCGCAUACAACGCGGCCGGCACGGGCGCCAGCUGCACGCUUCCCCCAGCUCCAGAAACCCUAUUCAGCCGGGAAGGCUUGAUGCGGUAUAUUCUUUGUUGUUGCCAGGAUCAAUCCGAAAGGGGCGGUCUACGCGAUAAACCGGGCAAAAUGGCGGAUGCAUACCACUCAUGCUACGUCCUUGCCGGCCUGAGCUCAGCCCAGCAUGACUGGGAUCUUGAGGAGCCUACAGCGGCAGAGGAGAUUUCGGCAACAGCAGACCCAGUGUGGGCCGUGCUACCGCAUCUCGAGCAGAUCUUUGACCGCAGGGACCUCGUCCGACCGAUUCACCCGGUCUAUGCCAUACCCCAGCAAAACGCGCGAGCCAUCAAGGACUACUUUAGGGCCAAGCAAGGUUUCUAA